AUGUCAUGGCUUCCAUCAACUCAGCAUCAGAAACAACAACGAUUGUCCUCGUCCCAGUUGUACCGCACCACCUCACCGAGGACUUCGAACAGCACACGGAAACCCGCAAUUGCUGAAGGGGAAAGAGUCAGCAGGUACCGCACCCUUUCGUGGGGACGGCGCUCGCAACCGAAGGACCUCGUCAUGACGCCGAGGAGCCGCGGCGGAGGGAAACAGCAGCACGGUGGUAGACUCUCGCCGCUUCCCUCAGAAACACUCAUCCCGUCGCUCUCUGCACAAUACACACCGCAGCCGAAACAACGGAAGCCAACACCAUCCUCGCGUCAUAACGGAAAAGCAAUGACAACUAUUACUACUGGUACUACUGCUGCUGCGGCUGCUGCCCCAGCCUACCCGAAGGAGGGCGUCGUGCCUCACGUAAAUCAUUCUCUACAGGCGGUAGCCCGUUGGGUGCCGGCUAUGUGGUCACCCAAAGUGGCGGAUGACCUCAUCGACUGGAAGAUCGCCCGUCGCCGCGAGGAUAUUGGCGCGCUGGUGGAGAUGCUGGCGCUGUUGCGCACACGCGAGGCGGAGGCGCGGCGUAUCAUCGACCAGGAGGCAAUUCGAGUGCGUACCCGGCUCAAGUGCAGGGAGCAUGACGAGAGGGACGCCGCAUAUUUCUACAGCAUGACGCUCCCCAUUGUGCAGCUGAACUCGCCGACGGCCAGCAGCGCAAUGUCACCUACCACUGCCACCACCGCUGCUGUUGCUUCUGCUCGCAAUAAUGUGCCACUCCUGAGGGGGGUCCCGAAGUUGGCAAUGGAGGCACUCACACCGCUUCAGUACAGUAACGCUAAGCCGCAGGUGGAAGGUUCCAACAAGAGAGACAAAAGAAGCUCCACGUAUUCAGCUUCCAACACCAUGACAGAUGCGGAACGGCACACAUUGCUCUCCGACGAGGAAAUGGCUGCCCGGCAGCUCAUCACGAUUGCUGAGAACGGCCUGCGACAUCACUUGGCAGCGACGGCUAGCGAGGAAAAAUGGAGUAUCGGGUCUGCGGCGCACAUUGGAGUGAACGCGUGGUAUGACGAGGUGGAGAGUAGCGAGGAAGAGGAGAGUCGACCGCAGAGGAAUAACAGUGAAUCUGUGGUGGCCCUGCAAAUGGUGUCUUCGUGGGGUGCGGCGUCGUCGAGUCCUGACGCGCGGCAGCCGAUACGGGACGGUGAUGAUAAUGAUGCCAUCCGUUACAGUUACAUGACUGACACGGAUUCCUCAACGUGGCAAAGCGAAGAUAUCGAAAUCGCAGCGUCCUCGCGGGGGGUGAUGAGUGCAGCAGUGACCGCAACCACAUCCAUUGAUGAACACGACGACUACGACUCGGAAACAGAGGAAGAGAAGAGAGAUUGGGACACGGGGGAGGACGGGGAGGACGGGGUGGGGGUGGCGCCGUUACUGCUGCGGAACACGGCCAUGGCGGAGCGUCUGUGGGACAUCAUGGACGAUGAGCGGCUGGAGCGUGAGGCGAUUGUCGACACCGCAGCGGAGGAGUUGUCGCUGAUCCUUCACGACGCACACAUCGGCGCGGUCCUCGCCGCGGAGAACGCGCAGCGGGAGGCGGUGCGCGCCGUGUGCGCCGAGGAACGAGAGACCCGCGAGUGGCUUAUGCGGCAGAAGGAAGCGGAGACCGCGCCG